AUGCCGGAAGUGUAAAGGAAAUCCAAGAUCACUGCCUCCCGCAAACUCAUGCUGAAGAGCCUGAUGCUAGCCAAGGCCAAGGAGUGCUGGGAGCAGGAACAUGAGGAGCGAGAGGCCGAGAAGGUGCGUUACCUAGCGGAGCGCAUCCCCACGCUGCAGACCAGAGGCCUGUCCCUCAGCGCCCUGCAGGACUUGUGCCGAGAGCUACAUGCCAAGGUGGAGGUGGUGGAUGAGGAGCGAUACGAUAUUGAGGCCAAAUGCCUCCACAACACGAGGGAGAUUAAGGACCUGAAGCUGAAGGUCCUGGACCUCCGUGGGAAGUUCAAGCGUCCACCCCUGCGUCGGGUUCGUGUCUCAGCCGACGCCAUGCUCCGAGCCUUACUGGGCUCCAAGCACAAGGUAUCCAUGGACCUACGGGCCAACCUCAAGUCUGUGAAGAAAGACGACACAGAGAAGGAGCGGCCAGUGGAGGUGGGAGACUGGAGGAAGAAUGUGGAGGCCAUGUCUGGCAUGGAAGGCCGCAAGAAGAUGUUUGAUGCUGCCAAGUCCCCGACUUCACAGUAG